AUGUCUCCCAAUAUAGGACAUAGGCUGUACGCCGUUUUCCGAGAAGCAGCAGGUCCGUUCUUCCUCCGCGAUAUCCGAACGAGCUUGAAUGCGUUUUCUCUGAACUCUUCGAGCUCAAAUAGCACAACGCGCGGCUUUUUCGUGAGGAAUUACUCUGGGAAGAUCCCCCCUGGCACUGGAAGGAUCAGCAGGAGAUUUGCUUCCGGCAGCUUUCUGGUACUCGGAGCCUCUCCCCAUUCGGCGGCAGCAGUUGAAACGGGAGCGACCGAGAAGAUAAUAUGUCCAAACAGUCCGUGUUAUCCUAACAGAAGGCCACUAGGCAGCCUUGCUCGACACAUCUGGAAACGGAGUGUGCACACCUCGGAAAAUGACAGAUCAGCUGCGGAAUUGGCCAAGGCUCGAAGGGGCGCACAAAAUGAGAGCUCUCCUCAGGAAGCGGCUCCAGUGAGACCUCAUGAUCCAGUUGACGAUGAGGGCAAGCAUUUGGAUAGAGAAUAUAACGAGCCUGUUUCGCUGAAUAAAAACCUUCGAGAGCGCUUGCCGAACUUGUCCCAGUUCCAUCGACCUACAAAGGAGGAGUUAUUGGCUGCAGCUACUGGCUUCUGGUCGAGGCUUCGGGUCAGAUUUAAGUGGUUCUCUAUAAGAAGUGUCCGACCCUUUAACCUGGACGAGAUAAGUGCCCUUUUUUCAUGGGUGCUCCUCGGUCAUGUUCUGUGGAUCAUCCUGGGGACAACCACCUUCUUUUCUCUGCUUAUCUUUGCAAUAAAUACGGUUUUUGCGCAAGAAACACUAGCUCGUUGGGUGGGAAACUAUCUGACGAAAUCUUCGGGUGUGAAAGUGGUAUUCGAGUCUGCCAUUGUUCCGAAAUGGAGAGAUGGUGUUAUCACCUUCAAGAAUGUUUUUGUAUCACGCAGACCAGGUCAGGGAAGUGGAAAUGUCAGCAAAGGUUCAUCAAAAACUGCAGCGGCGGCCGCUGCAGCUGUCGCGGCUUUGGGAGAUGCAAAGGAUGGGCCGAACACCGAUGGAUCUACGCAGCGAGAUGGCGCUGGAUAUGAGGAUGAGGAUACGAACUAUACGCAGUUCGAUGUUUCGAUUGACACGGUUAAUGUGACGUUAUCUUUUACCAAGUGGCUCAACGGCAAAGGUCUCUUACGAAAUGUCGAAGUGAAGGGGAUCAGAGGGGUUAUCGACCGUUCUCACGUCCGUUGGACAAAUGACAACCUAGACCCCAAGUCUUAUCGCCACGAGCACAAUCCUGGUGAUUUUGAAAUUGAUUCAUUUAAAAUGGAAGAUGUUCUCGUCACGGUCUAUCAGCCUAACAACUUCAGGCCAUUUACCGUCAGCAUAUUUUCUUGUGAUCUUCCCCAGUUACGGAAGCAAUGGCUUUUCUACGAUUUUCUCUCGGCCAAUAUGAUUUCAGGCUCUUUCGACAAUUCUUUGUUCACGAUACACCCUCGCCAAACCCAUAGCUACACUGGAGCUCAACUAAGUAACGGCGUUGAGAAAGGCGAGUCCAGCCCCUGGAAGAAACAGAGCAGAUUCCGGAUUGAUGGUCUCAAUAUCGAUCAUCUGAAUCGUGGAGUUGAGGGUCCCUUUUCCUGGAUUCACGAAGGCAGCGUUGAUAUUGUUGCUGAUAUCAUGUUCCCUGCUGAGAAUGAUGAGAGUCUUGCCAAAGUCGUGUCUGACUUCUACGAUCGCCUUGAAGCAACAGUCACAUCGGCGCGUUAUCCACCAGAGGACGGCAAGGAAGCCCGCGAGGACCAAGCGGAUGCUGAGGCUCCAUUUGCCGCUAAUGACAACGACAAGCGGUUUGUGGUAACCGAUCUUAGGAUUAGUCUUAACAAUGUCAGGGCUGUCGUUCCGCUCUUCACGCGAGACCUGUCAUACAUCAACAAUGCCCUCAUCCGACCAAUCGUGGCGUACAUCAAUUCCAGACGGACCUUCAUUCCGGUGAAUUGUCGCCUCGUUAAGCGACUGAGUGACUUCGACGGCAGCUGGACCAUCUUUGACAGUGGCUUGAUGGACGAUUUGUCGGCAGCAACGUAUGACGCAUUCGCCCGAGACGUCGUCGAUGAACAGGCGCGCAAGCGCCGUUUCAAGAAGAAAAUUCCGACUUUGGACCAGUUGUUUUACUGGUCCGGUCUUGUAUCAGUAGUUUCCUUUUUUUUCAUUUUUUUACUUUCAACCUUUUCUCAUCCUGGCGCUCGACGUUUUCUGGACGACCUUUGGAUGCCAAAUCAGCAUAAAUUAUCGUCUCAGGAAAGUUUCAGGCAGGUCACCCGAACAGGCCUCCCUGCUGGCCCGAUCAUUCCUGAAGCUGAUACGCCGAUUCCUAGGUCUGGGAGGAUUCGCAUGAGAUGGCUCAUCAUUCAAAGUUGGAGCAAUCGGCUGCUGGGCGGUACUCCUAUGUACAGGUUGAUAGGCUCUGACCAAAGUCUGGAAGACUGGCUUCGUCAAAAGGCCGAUCUACCUAGAAGGUACAACAUACCUAUUAAGAACCUAUUAAAAAUGUCCUUAAUGGAGACCUGA